GGAUGACAGUCAGCGGAGUUUAUUGACUUCCGGUGCAGUCUGUUGUCCUGAGUGAUAAAGUAGUGAAGAGAAAAGAAGAAGUAAACAUGGAGUCCAGCGAGGAGGGGGGCCUCAGUGUCGGCGGCUCUGUGGGAGAGGAGAACUACUUCUUGGGAUACACCUUCACUGACCGCUCCCACUCCAGCCGGGUGGUGAAGAGCAUCAUGGACCUGUGCCGAGAGGACGGCCUGUUCGCUGAUGUCACCAUCAACGUGGACAGCAAAGAGUUUAACCUGCACCGACUGGUGCUCUCCGCGCAGAGCAGUUUCUUCCGCUCCAUGUUCACCUCAAACUUAAAAGAGUCACACAACCGUGCAAUUGAGCUGAAAGAUGUGAGCGCCACCGUCUUUCAGCUGCUGGUUGACUACAUCUACCACGGCACAAUUAAGCUGAGGGUGGAGGAGCUGCAGGACACGUAUGAGAUGGCAGACAUGUACCAGCUGACGGCUCUGUUUGAGGAAUGUUCCCGAUUCCUCUCGCGGACAGUGGAGGUUAACAGCUGCCUGCAGGUGAUGUGGCUUGCAGACAGACACAGUGACCAGGAGCUGUACACUGCUGCCAAGCACUGUGCUAAAAUCCACUUGGCCCAACUGCAUCAGACUGAAGAAUUUCAAAAUCUGCCUCUUUGUCUCCUCCUGGAUAUCCUCAAAGAUGGUGUUCCAAGCUCCCAGAAGCCAACAUUGGCAAUCGAGUCGUGGAUAAACCACAACAAGGUGGAGAGAGAAGAGUUUUCUUGCAUCCUCCAAGAAAAUCUCAAGGAAAUUGGUGAGAAUGUCCACAUCUACCUGAUCGGUAAGGAGGAGUCGAGGACUCACUCCCUGGCUGUGUCCCUCCACUGUGACGAGGACGAUUCGAUCAGCGUGAGCGGCCAGAACAGUUUAUGCCAUCAGAUCACCGCAGCCUGUAAACAUGGAGGAGACCUGUACGUGGUGGGGGGGUCUAUCCCUCGCCGCAUGUGGAAGUGCAACAUGCACACCAUGGACUGGGAGCGCUGCGCCCCACUGCCCAGAGACCGCCUCCACCACACCAUGGUUUCGGUCUCUACAGAGGAUGCUAUCUACUCCCUCGGAGGCAAGACACUGCAGGACACACUCUCUAAUGCUGUCAUCUACUACACGGUGAAGGACAACAUGUGGACAGAGACCAGCCAGCUGGACACUGCAGUGUCAGGGGCGGCUGGAGUCAACUUGGGAGGAACCAUCUACCUGCUCGGAGGGGAAGAGAACGACAUGGACUUUUUUACAAAGCCGUCCCGUCUCAUUCAGUGCUUAGACACCUCCAACCAGAAGUGUCAGAUCAAACCUUACAUGCUGCCGUUCGCCGGCUGCAUGCAUGCUGCUGUUCACAUGGAUGUGAUCUUCAUCGUAGCAGAAGGAGACUCCCUGGUGUGCUACAACCCUCUGCUGGAGAGCUUCACCCGCCUGCGCUUCCCUGAGGUGUGGAGCUGCAUCCCCUCUCUGUGGAAGGUGGCCAGCUGCAAUGGCUGCAUAUAUGUAUUCAGGGACAAAUGUAAGAAGGGGGACGCAAACACACUAAAGUUUAACCCGGCUACGUCUGUGGUCUCUGUCAUCAGAGGGAUAAAAAUCCUGCUCACAAACUGGCAGUUUGUUUUGGCCUGACCUGUCCUCUACAUGCUCACACUGUGGUCCGCACUUUGACCACAGAGAAUCAGGGAAGACUGAUGGAGAACUGUCCAUGACUUCACCGCUCAGACAUCCUGGGUGAAGACCUGAGCUAAAUGUAUUUACUCAGCUGGUUUCUGUGUCACUCAUUCCAUUCAGCCGACCAGUAAAAACCAGUGCCGUGCUGUGUGUCGCUCACAGAGUUUCUCAUUGUGGAUCUUUUAGCUGAGAAGAUUGUGGCCGUGCUGUAACCAGUGAUGAUGUCAUCAGCAUUGUUUCUUGUGCACUGCUUGUUAUUAACACGCAUGAACAACUUCAGCGUAAAGAACUUCACCGAACAUCAAACAUCCCUCAAUGUAUUCUGUGUGUGAACAGCUGUAUCUUGAUGUUGGCUGAAAAUCCUCCCAUUUCAUAUUUGAAGACAAUGUGCAUAAACAUGCCAAUGAAGGAUUUCCCCAUUUUUCAAAUGUUCACGGUUUCCUGUUUUAAGAUUGUGUAUUUUUUUAUGUAAAAUGUAGAAUGUUCAAGUUAGGCUGUUGAUGUAAAUGUCAAAUAUAUCGCUGUACCUACACGUUA